CUCACGCAACAAACUCACAACAUAAAAACAUUAUAGGAGCUUGAUUCUUCUCUCUGAGCGACUUAUCUCCCUCCUUUGUUUCCUCGUUGUUGUUUUCCUUUUCCUUUCUUAUUCCACUCUGCCCAUUUCUCCUUAUCCCUACUGUCUAUCCCUUCGUCAUGUCUGCUCCGAAGGGACCAACCCUCGUUACCAUUCCCCCGGAGCUGUGCCGGUUUGUCCUGGAGUCUCUCUCAUCGCGUGAUGUGAUUGCUCUGAGGCUAGUCUCUCGAGCUUUCUACAACUACUUCACUUCAGAAGAAGUGUGUCAUUAUGCCCACAAACUUUACUUUCCGUUGUCCUCAGAGUGCAGUAAAAUGCGACGGACUAGAAAAGAUUUUGACGCUGCUUACUUCAGGUCCAUGAACUGGAAGCAAGGGAGGCCCUCCCGCGUUGAAAUUAUCGAAAAGGUAGCGCGUGCUUCUACUAGCUUGACCAAUGGCUUCCUUGUGGAUUCUACUCAGAAUCUAUUGAUCUAUCAACGCUCCCGUGGUGUUAUUGUGAUCAAGGAUCUAAGUCACCCAGUGGAUGAUGCUGCUGCCGAUACCGUCAUCACUCUCUGUAAUGAGCUUGGGGAGUGCAUUAUGAAACGCUCCGAGAGUAUACUUCUUAGGGAUGGUGAGAGUAUUCGUAUGUCGACAAAUCGUGGGAUGCUGUUGGUAGUUGGAGAAGCGCAUGUCCACCCUCAGCCGCAAGAAUGUCGCAACUCUCAGGCCAUUGCUGGCGAAGGCUCUGGCUUCUUCUCCUGGUUGAACUGGGCCUGGGGUACCUCCUCCUCGCCUCCUCUGCCACCGAGAACUUUCUUUCAGCAUCCUCAUAGCCUUUGCGCUGUCUUCUCCACUGGCCCCCAGGACCGUGGAAAACUGCUCCAUACAUGGCUUGAACGUGAUUCUUUCAUCAUAGAGACUGCUCUCAACGAAUUCUAUGCUAUCGCAGAAUUCGAUCUUGUUGAGCAGCGGCUGGAAGGAUACAUUUUCCCGAGGGCUGGAAAAUCCUCGAGUAAGCUCAACAAACGCUUCUCGUUCACUUCAGCCAUUUCCCAACACACAGAUGGUGCUGAGGCAGGACAUCAUUUCACGAUUAGGAAGAAGGCUCUUUAUCCCCAACCCAGCUCCUUCUCGAUUGCCCCCGAUACUCGUGGCAAGGUUUUCUACCUAGGCUUCCUACCCCCUAGCGCAGAUCGUCGCCCUGUGGUUGAAGUGCAUGCUGUUCCACAGUUUAGUCCUGCAGAUGGCACCUGGAGUGAGUGUUCUGUCAUCAAACGAGUUGUUCUACGCAGCCUUGGAUUGUUCCCUGGAGUUACCAAUGGUCUGACCAGGUCAUCAUUUUGGGUCGACUUUGACGACGGAACCACUGUUAGAAACUUCAAAAGAUCCAAAAUUGGACCCUCUGGCAAGUUUGCCUGGGAUCCUGACGAAGACGUCGUCAGACUGCGAAUGAAAGGUGAUCUCGGCAUACCCGGCGUUACUGAAGAGGGUGAAUCGGUCAACAUGGUAACAUGGGUCGUCACUGCUCGCCCAUCUCCAAUUCAACCUUCCGCAAUCUCGGAUUGGCGUAACGGAAGAGAGUGGGCAGUGAUUCCUGAUAAUAUUAUUCACGAUAGCAAUGCUAGCCCCUACGCCAAUGAGAAUGGCGAGAUUGACUAUGAAGACGUUUAUCCAACUCCCACAUACUAUACAAGACCUCGCGACUUGCAAAAUUUCCUUAAUCAGUUGGAACUUCUUCCCCCCGACGUUGAACUUGACACACUUGAAGGGGCGAACGAGUCUGGAAACUAUCCUCCUUACCUUUGGGUCAAAAACCAAGAGAAGAUCAACAAGAAGGUCUACGCGCUUUUUAGCAAGAUGUCUCCUGGGAUGCUCGUGUUGGACCCCGAGGUUGAUGCGAGUGGGGGGCAUGGGAAGGCCUUUCUCGAGGACCCAUCAAAGCAUACCGUCUACCCUCCUGUCCCUGGAGUGAAUGAUGGAGAUUUCAGGCCUCCAGGGGUGCUGAUGAAGACCAAGUAUAAAGUUGAACUUGAAGUCGGUCGGAAGAUCGCUGUCCAUGAUGUUCAGCCCGUAAAGCAAGUGCCAAAGAAGGGGAAAUCCAGAUUCCUAGGAAGGGUCAGGGAUGAUGCCUACACAUCCACUGACGACAGCUUGACUCCGUCCGAGGGGGGUAUGAUUGAGCUGCCGGUCCCAGGAUUCAAUGAAGCCCCCCGUGAUAGAGUUCUAACACGCAUGGAUAAAAUGAACAAGAAGUUCUGGGUAUAUGGGAAGGAACCAGAGCUUCGGCGUAAGGGAGAGAUCUUGGAGGAGCCAAUUGGUGAUCGGAUUGUAAUUGUGAGGUUUGACUAG